AUGCAGAAUUGGUAUCCCAUUGGAGAUGAAAGGAUACGAAGGGAAAGUUGGUCUGUAUCACAAUUAAAGUGUUCUGAAGGGGAUAUAAAGGCUAUUGCCCCUCUAGGUACUCUGAUUGCUAUAGUGUCUAAUACCUCCAAUACACAUUCAGUCGGGGAUAAGGAUGCCAAGAGUGUUUUGAGAAUAUAUAGCGGCUCGUGUAACUUAGUAACGUCUGUGAAGUGGUAUAUUCGUGUAGAACACAUUUUAGCAUUGCAAUGGACUGAAAACUUAGAAUUGGUUGCAGUUUCCGCCAAUGGGUCAGUGCGCGUUUACUCUGCUCACGGUGAACACCUGAGAACAUUUGAAUUACACCUAUAUGGGUUAUCUGGAAAUAGUCAAAUAGACCCUAAACACAUAAAACUACGAUGCUGGGGUGAUGGAAUCGUCUAUUUAAAUAUAACUUCACAGCUUCUGUACAUACAAAGGGGGUUUGAUUCUACCUCUUACAGGCCCAUAUCUUUGCCAGACUUUGCUUUGACGAUUACAGCAAUAGGAAUAGUACCUAACAAAAAUUGGAAUGAUGUUAUUAUAAUAUUUUCUACCGAAAAUGGGACAUCCUAUGUUAGGAUGGAGCAUAUCAUGAAGUGCACGGAUUAUGAUACUUUGAGUUUUUACUUACAUAAAAUCAAUCCAUGCUCAUAUACUGACAUAGUUUCUUGUUCAUAUUAUUCAGUUGAUGGAAAUUGUUAUGUAGCAUUGGGUAAUAGAGACAACGGGGUUAUCGCAUCUCUAUCAUAUUGUGAUACGAGGUUUACAAUAUUAUGGGAGAUAACAACAGGUACAUAUGUGGAUUUAGGUAUACUAAGUAAAGGAAUACUUGUAACUGUUACUUCUAGCGGAAUAAAAUUCAUUUUAGAUGCGGUGUAUGAACUCACAUUUAAUGUAAGAGCUCUCUGUAUAAGUAAUGAGAUUGGGGGUGGAAUACGUUUAUUUUCACAGAAUUCUAUAGAGUUUUAUGCUGUAGUUAGUGAUGAGAGUAAACAUUUAUUUUUGACCGAAAAAUAUCAUCCCGCAGCAUCUCUUAUUAAAGCGUUUGACUUAUUUAAAAAAGGUGAUCCAUUAUCUUAUGAGUCUCUUUACUCCAUAAAAGAUUUUGAUGGUGCCUACGGUGUAUGUGUGAAAGCUGCCCAAGAUGAAUGGGAUUUUGAUUUAUGCAUACGUAUUAUAGAAUGUGGUCUUUUUGCAAAGUCUCUUAGUUCCACCUUUACUAGAAAUAAGGUUAUUCAUAAAAACUUACCAGUUGAGGACGAUAUAAAAACGCAAAAUGAUAUAUCACACCAAUACGAAAUAAAUUCUAACACUUUAAUAAAUCAUUUAUUGGUAAUAGCAUAUUUACGCAUAGCAAAUGCUAUAAAAGAGAAACCAAGCUACAUAAAAACAAAUGUUUAUCAACUUGCAUCUUUGGGUAUUGAAAGGAUGAUUAUAAUUUUAACAUCACUAAAAUGUUACUUUUUGGGAAUACGCAUAAGUAAAUUUUUGAAUAUUAAUUAUAAUAGUAUUUUAUUGGAGUGGGUACGUAUGCGUGUCAAACUUGGCUCACAUUUGACUGACAACGAAUUGUAUGAUAUAAUAAUAAAGAGACUAGAAGAUUACGCAGGAAUAGUACUUUCUUUUUCAGACAUUGCAGAGGUUGUGUCUAGAGAGGGCAGAGAAGCAUUAGCUUUGUCGAUUUUGGACAAAGAAAAAUCAUCUAUUAACCAGUUUAGAGUAUUGUGUAAAUGGAAUCAACUCUCUAGAGCUGCAGCGGUAGCUUUGAAUGAAGGUAACCCUUUACUUAUGAAUUACAUAAUAUUAGAGGCUCAGAAAAACCACAAUUUACUAAAUAUCAUUGCACUAUCUAAGGAGUAUACUUUGUUACGCAAUCUUUUUAUUAAGCAAAGCCUUUCUUCUGAAGACAAUAGUCAAAUACAGCCUUUCUAUGAACAUACUAACGAUACCUUUAACGCUGGGUUACGUGCUUCAAUACAAGCAAUAGGCAAGUUUCACAAUAAAAGUUAUGCUUUUGGGACUGACCGUCUUACCAUGGGUGAUAAAGAUAAAAUGAGAGUAGAGGACUAUAAGGAGUGGUUAUCUUAUGCAAAUGGAUUUUUUGGUUCGUCCAUUAAUGAAGAAGCGGACACUCAGUCAGCAAUCGAGGAUUCAGCAUUUUGGCACGAAUCGAUCAACAAUAAAAUCACCCUAUUAAACCUCCAAAUGGAAUUUCAAAGUAAUAACGAAUCUUUGGGAAGUGUUGUAGGUCUUAGUUUGAUUGAAACUCUAUUCAAACUUUAUAAAGUUGGUUUGUUCAAAGAAGCACAACUGCUUGUAAAUACAUUCAAAGUACCGCCAAACCAGAUACAUUGUUGUAAACUUGUGGCAUUGUAUAAUUCUCAUAAUAUCAAUGAGCUUAUAUCAAUGGUGCAAGAUAAAAGUCUUAUAUCGCAUUUUGUUUUUGUUAAGAAUAGUCGACCUUUCGCCGAUCUAAUAAUAGAGUCGUUGAUAUCACUUGGUGCAUCAUCAUUUUUGGACCCUGUAAUAAAUAACCUAAAACCUCAACAACAAACAUAUUGGAUAAACCGCAUUAAUAAAAGAGGUAAACCGGACUUUAAGGAGGAAAAUGUAAAUCUCUUGAAGUCAUUUGGUAUUAAAUUCUGGCAAUAG